GCUUUAUAACUUGCUUGAUCGGUUGCAAAACAACCCUUAAAAAAAAUUGGCGCCUUUUUUUUUACUAUUGUUUUUUCAAUGAUAUAAACAACAGUGAUCGACCUGACGAUGAAAUAUAUUUUCCCGCCUAAAAAUUUUUGGCGGCUAAACAAAAACAAAACCUCGUAUUAUACAGCGAGUAUAUAAAUCUUCAAUGUGUUCUAUUCACUUGUAUACAUUUUGAUUCAAUCGUUAACGAAUUUCUCAAUUCGAAUCGAAUCUUUUUUGUUUUUUGUUUUUUGUAUUUCAAAAUUCUUUUUCGAAUUUUAUUCAACUAAUAAAACACACAAUGCCACAUGAAACUCAAACAUCCACCAAUUCCAUUGAUAAUGGAUUUAAUUUGGAUGAAUUUUCACAGAAAUUGAUCAUCACUGCUGUUGAUAAUAAAAAAUCCGAAUCCAAAUCGUUUGUAAAAUCAGAUCGAAAUUUCGAUUUAGAUGAUGAACCAUUACUUCGUGAAAAUCCAAAUCGUUUUGUUUUGUUUCCAAUUCAAUAUCAUGAUAUUUGGACAAUGUACAAAAAAGCUGAAGCAUCAUUUUGGACAGUUGAAGAAGUAGAUCUAAGCCAUGAUCUUGUACAUUGGAAUAAAUUAAAUUCGAAUGAAAAACAUUUCAUUUCACAUGUAUUGGCUUUUUUUGCUGCAAGUGAUGGUAUUGUUAAUGAAAAUUUAGCUGAACGUUUUAUUCGUGAUGUACAAAUACCAGAAGCACGUUGUUUUUAUGGAUUUCAAAUUGCUAUCGAAAAUGUUCAUUCAGAAAUGUAUUCAUUAUUGAUUAAUACCUAUGUAUCGGAUCGUAAUGAACAAGAUUUUCUAUUCAAUGCUAUACGUAAUCUACCUUGUGUAGAGAAAAAAGCUAAAUGGGCUAUACGUUGGACACAAGAUGAUUCGGUUACAUUUGCCGAACGUUUAAUUGCAUUUGCUGCUGUUGAAGGAAUAUUUUUUUCCGGUUCAUUUGCAGCAAUUUUUUGGCUAAAAAAACGUGGCCUAAUGCCUGGUCUUACCUUUUCAAAUGAAUUGAUUUCACGUGAUGAAGGAUUACAUUGUGAUUUUGCCUGUCUUUUGUUUCAUCAUAUUCGUAAUCGUCCAUCAUCACAACGAAUUGUUGAAAUUAUUAUUGAUGCUGUUAAUAUUGAACAAGAAUUUCUUACCGAUGCAUUACCAGUAUCAUUGAUCGGUAUGAAUGCUAAAUUAAUGUCCGAUUAUAUUGAAUAUUGUGCCGAUCGUUUAUUGGUUGAAUUAGAUUGUGAAAAACAUUAUAAAACAACAAAUCCAUUUGAUUUUAUGGAACAAAUAUCAUUAGAAGGUAAAUCAAAUUUUUUUGAAAAACGUGUUGCCGAAUAUCAAAAAAGUGGUGUCAUGUCACGACCUGAAGAUCAGGUAUUUGUUACCGAUGCUGAUUUUUAAUCAAAAAAAAA